GCUGCAGCGGGUGGGCACACCACCUUUUUACGAUGGCUGCGUAACCAGGGCGUAGUCGCGUGCUGGGGAAAAGUUGCAGUUGCAAGAGCUGUGCGUUCGGGUCAAGUGGACACAUUAAACUUUCUUCUCCACGAAGUCACUGCCCCCUUUGACAACCGAUCGCUUUCGCAAGCAGCACACCGCAGAAACCCGCAUGCAUUGUGGUGGCUCCUAGCAAAUACAAGCUUGCGCCCGGACAAUCGAGCACUAGUGGCAGCAUGUGAGGCGGGGCGCCUAGCGAAUUUACAGCUGCUUGCACCACAAGUGGCUGGCAGACACUCCGAUUGUGCAACGCAGGCCGCUACAUACGGUCAUCUCGACAUUAUGAAAUGGUUGCAUCGCCACGGUUUUGCUUUCACACGAGAGCUUAUGAAUGGGGCGGCUAUAGUCCAGUGGUUGCACCAGCACAGAAACGAAGGAUGCACGCAUGAUGCCAUCGACUACGCCGUGCACCACGGUCACACAGAGGUCGCACAAUGGCUGCUGCAGUAUCGCACCGAAGGAUGCUCAAAUUGGGCAAUGCAGCUUGCAAUUGUUGGUGGACAUCUUGGUGCUGCACAAUGGCUACAUCAAAACGUAGAAAUGCGUUGGACGGGACCUUUGCUGGAUUUGGCAGCU